AUGGUUCCUGUUCGAGGCCAAAUAACGGCAUUUCGGUGCUCACAGAACCCCACAAAGACGAUAUGGAGAACAUUAGCCACGGCAGAACCUCCCAAACCAAAAAGAAAAAGAACCAUGUUCACUGACAAACUCAACCAAGGACCAUCGUUUGCUGAUUUUGUCAGCGGAAAAGCCUCAAAUAUGACCAUAGAUCCAUUGGAAGCUGCCAGACAAGAUCCGGACCAGAGGCUUCCACUGUGGCUAAAAGUGCCCAUUCCGAAAGGAAAGUCAUUUCACACUUUGAAGAAGGAUGUUCGUGAACUUAAAUUAGCCACCGUUUGUGAAGAGGCCAAGUGUCCCAAUAUUGGUGAAUGCUGGGGUGGAAAGAAGUCCGAGGCGACCGCCACCAUCAUGUUGAUGGGAGAUACUUGUACUCGUGGGUGUCGUUUUUGUAGCGUGAAGACGAGCCGGAAACCGGCACCUCCGGACCCCAUGGAGCCGGAAAACACAGCUGAGGCUAUUAGUAGAUGGGGGUUGGGGUACGUGGUGCUCACGACUGUUGAUCGUGACGAUUUGGUCGACGGAGGUGCUCAUCAUUUGGCGGAGACGGUGCGAAAAAUCAAAGAAAAAGCACCACAGAUUCUCGUAGAAGUGUUGGGAGGAGAUUUCCGAGGAGAUUUGGAUAUGGCGCUGGUGUUGGCUCGGUCUGGGUUGGAUGUUUAUGCCCACAAUAUAGAAACGGUCGAGGAUUUGACUCCACAUGUUCGUGAUCGCCGGGCUACUUAUCGUCAAUCUUUGUCGAUUUUGCAGCGUGCCAAGGAAACCAAACCAUCUUUGGUAACCAAGACGUCAAUGAUGUUGGGGUUCGGUGAAACCGACGAGCAAAUAAUGCAAACGCUCCGUGAUUUGCGAGAAAUCAAAUGCGAUGUCGUUACUUUUGGACAGUACAUGCGUCCUACAAAACGUCAUAUGAAGGUGGUUGAAUACGUCACUCCUGAGAAGUUUGAUUACUGGCGUGAUACCGCCUUGAAAAUGGGAUUUUUGUACGUUGCUAGUGGUCCAUUAGUGCGUUCUUCGUACAAGGCUGGAGAAGCAUUUAUUGAAAAUGUGAUCAGAAAGAGAAACCAUAAUGUCGGCGAAACACCCCGUUUGGAAUCUGCUAGUGCAGCUCAGCUUUAG